AUGGCCGACAAGCCGCCAUCGCCGACCGACCAAGAAGCCAAAGCUGAAAGCAACGACGAGGCCAUAUUCACUCCGCGACCGGUCCCGGAAGUAACCCAACCCGUCGACCCUGUGCACCAGAAGGAGCCGGCGUUCUACGUUGGUGGUGUAAGCCCCCGAGCCCCUGACGAUGAUUCGGAGGGUGUCGACGUGCCGAAUGCUGCUGGUGUCAUCACCGGCGGCAGUUCGAGUCCUGCUGAGACUGAGAUGUGCUCUGGUGUGAUCACCGGUGGGGAAGAGCGCCUUGGUCUACGCUUGACGAGCACGAGAUACCCAUGGCUAGAUGACUACAAUCCGUUCAUGUGGAAACACAGGCGGAACGGUCGCGGUAGGGAAUUGUUCGACUGCUCGGAGCUACAUCAUGUCGUCAUUCUGGACGGGUGGGACCCUCAUGCCUAUCUGAUCGAUUUAUUCUUCCCGAAGCGAUUCUACGCCAAGUCCAAGGCUAUGAAGCUCGACCCUCUCGCCCGUACAAGUCCUGAUGCGCUUUCCGAUGCGUGGGACGUAUUCGUCCAGAGCUUGGUUGACGACGAAGCCUCGUGGAUGCUGACAUUUCACAGCCUCAAGAACACGUUCAUGACGUACAAUGUCGAAGGCGAAAAGGUGCGCGUUCACCAACAGUCCAUCGGUGAAGGCUCCCCGUGCUGCGUUUUGAGUGAGCAAGAGUGCCCGAUGUGCUACGCGGACUCGUUAAAGGCAGCCGAUCACAUUCGGAGGGGCACGGACGGCAUGUCGGAUCGCCUGGUCCGCUACAUCAAGCAGCUGGAUCGGCGUUGGGCUCGACAUACCCUCCGCCGGGAGGAAGAUCGUCGGAGAGUUCGUGCCCUCCAAGGAUAUAUCGUGGACGACAUCACCCUUGCUCAAGCGGAACACGGGAAAACCGACCAGCGCAUCCGCGACAUUGAGUCCGACAUUUAUCUCAACGGCUUGGAUAGCCAUCAACGCGUAUCGGACGGCGGACAGCUCAUCACCAAGGCCGCCAACAUCGGUUCCCCCACUCGCGGCUACCUCGACGCGCCCGGUGCCUUCGAACAGAACCAGCUUGAGAGCAGGAGGCCCGUGACCAAAACCAUUCAUGACAAGGGCCUGCCCGUGCCAUCGAGCGCGACCAGGAUGGACAACAUCGACAGCAGCCACGCCGUCAUGUACGAAGCCCGCAACAAAUCCCCGACAACGUCGCCGACUACAACCGCCGGGAACGCCUUCGCCGCGGGCUUCGGUGGCGUUGAGAUCCACGCCGCCAACAGACACCUGUUCGAGAAGUUCGUGAGCGACAGCGUCAACACACGCACGGACAAGUUCGGCGGCAGAAUCGACUCGACGCCGCGCGAGACCUACGGGUACGUCGUGAACAAGCUCUGCGGCUGA